AUGCCGCCGUCCCCGCCACUGUCGCCUGUGCUUCACCGCCUCCUCUCCUUGCUCCCGCGCCUCCCCUCCCCACGGCACCUACUGCAGGCGCACGCCUUCCUCCUCCCCCGCGGCGGCCACCGCCACCCGCGUCUCCUUUCCGCGCUCCUCCUCGCUUCCCUCCGCCUCGUGCCCCACCCGCAGCAAACCAGCGAUCACGCCGCCGCCCUCCUCCGCCGCGUACACCCCUCUGUGUACCUCAGGGCCGCCGCGCGCCUCCCGACGCAUCUACUCCGCAGGAGCCUCCUCGGCCCGCAGCUCCACUCCCUGCUCCUCCGCACCGGCCACGUGGCCUCCGACACCCACGUCUCCGCCAGCCUCGUCCAGCUGUACUGCACCUGCGGACACGUCGCCGACGCGCGCAGCGUGUUCCACGAGAUGGCCGUUAGGGACGUUGUGGUCUGGAACGUUAUGAUCGCCGGUUAUGUGAAGGCCGGGGUCCUGGUCCACGCGCGGGAGUUGUUCGAUGUUAUGCCGGAGCGGAAUGUGGUGUCAUGGACCACGGUGAUCGGCGGGUACGUGCAGAUGAGGCGUCCGGAGGAGGCAGUCGAGGUGUUUCGAAGGAUGCAGGUGGAGGGCAUCGAGCCUGACGGUGUGGCAUUGCUGUCGGUUCUGGCGGCAUGUGGGGAUCUGGGUGCGGUCGAUUUAGGGGAGUGGGUGCACAGAUUUGUCGUCAGGCGGGGCUUGAGCCAGGAGAUACCACUGAUGAAUUCGAUCAUAGACAUGUACAUGAAAUGUGGGUGUAUUGAGAAGGCAGUGGAGGUGUUUGAGGGUAUGGAGGAGAAGAGUGUCGUGACUUGGACGACACUAAUUGCUGGAUUUGCAUUGCAUGGCCUCGGUUUGCAAGCUGUUGACAUGUUUCGCCGGAUGGAGAGGGAGAAUAUGGCGCCAAAUGAUGUCACUUUUCUAGCAAUCUUGUCAGCGUGUAGCCAUGUUGGACUAACUGAUCUGGGUCGCUGGUAUUUCAAUAUCAUGGUGUCUCAGUACAGGAUUAAGCCACAAGUUGAACAUUAUGGGUGCAUGGUUGAUCUACUAGGCCGUGCUGGUUGUUUAAAGGAGGCCCAAGAUUUGGUUAAGGACAUGCCUUUGAAGGCAAAUGCAGCAAUAUGGGGAGCUCUUCUUGCUGCAGCUAGGACCCAUGGUGAUGCUGAUCUUGGAGAACAAGCCUUGGUGCACCUAAUUGAGCUUGAGCCUAACAACAGUGGGAACUAUAUACUCCUAUCGAAUAUUUUUGCAGAACAGGAAAGGUGGGAUGAUGUGAGCAAACUUCGAAAGGCGAUGAAAGAAAGGGGACUGAGGAAUGUGCCAGGGGCAAGUUCCAUUGAAGUUGAUGGCAUGGUUCAUGAGUUCACUUCCAGGGAUGGGUCUCAUCCUUUCUUACAUAAGAUAUGUGAAGUAUUAUGUGAGAUCAACACUAACAUGAAAUCUGUUGGUUUUGCUUCUGUUUUCCCUGAAGUACUACAUGCUAUUGAAGAAGGCUAA